AUGAGCAGCGACACUAAAGCCAACAGCGGUAACAACAACGUUGGAGGAAGAUUCAGGUCCAAGGUCAAUUACUAUCUCCAUAGUGGUGACAAGAAGCAUGUUUUUGUUGGUUUAACUCUCAUCACCGCUGUCUUUACCAUCCCAUGGUUCCUUAUGAGCCGAGGUAGUAAACACCAGUCUCACCAAGAUUACUUGGAAAAAGCUGAUAAAGCAAGGAGCCAAAGACUUUCAUCCAGUUCUGCAUCUGCUAAAUGA